AUGUUUGGCAUAGGAGAAGAGGAAUAUAUCAACACAAAAUCAGACAUGUUAGAGAAAAUGGAGGAGUUAAGUGAUAGAGCAAGAGCCCACGAUUCAAUACCAGGUUCAUCGCAUUUGUCUGAGUUAACUGUAUCACACCCACCUUCAGCUUCUCAAUCAACAGAACUUCAACCUUCCCAGGCAGCUGUGGACAUUCGCGGACUUGAAGAAGUGAGUGAAAAUGCUAAUGCAACCACAGAAGUAAAUAGUUCGAUUCAAAGUGAUACCAGUGUUGAUAUAAUACAAGGAAAAACUGCAUUAUUAGCAACCGCACUGGUUAACAUCGAAACUAGUAAAGGGCCUCAAACCUUAAGAGCUCUUAUAGAUCCAUGUUCACAAGAGUCCUUUGUAAAUGAAAUAACUGUGAAACGUUUACAAUUACGCAGAAGAAUAGUGGAAGGCGAGGUGAGUGGUGUAGAUCAGAUGACAUCAAAAAUCAAAUAUGCUACUGAGUUGGAGAUCACUUCGAGACUAACAAAUGCAUUCAAAAUUAACUGUACAGCAUUUGUAGUAAAACAAAUCACAGACUUUUUACCCACUUCAAGAGUCAAUAAUGAAUCAUUCUCUCACAUCCAACAUUUAACUUUGGCAGAUCCAACAUACAUGGAGCCAGGUACCAUAGAUUUACUUUUAGGAGUUAAUGUAUUUACUGAAAUAAUAAUGAGUGGAGUAAUUAAAGGAAGUGAAGGGUCACCAAUUGCCCAACAAACACAGUUUGGUUGGAUAAUAUCUGGAGGAGGUAUAAAAGAAAAUAUAACAAGAGGAAUAGUAAGCAUGCACUUAAACGUAAAACUAGAGAAAAUGUUAGAGAAAUGUUGGGAAGACGAGAAUGUGGAGAUUAGAAAUAACACGCCCUAUACAUUAGAAGAGUUACGAGCUGAGCAAAUUUACGAGAAUACUACCACACGAGAACCUAAUGGAAGAUACGUCGUCGCACUUCAGUUUAAGCACGACGAACCUAACCUACCUACCCAUACUUAUGAGAGAGCACUAGACAGAUUCAAGAGAUUAGAGAAAAAACUAUCACAAAAUGAGAAACUGAGUCACGAGUAUAAUAAAGUCAUGAGAGAGUAUCUUACUUUAAAUCACAUGGAGCCGGUAAAAGAGAGAACGAGAAACGAGAGAGCCAUAUACCUACCGCACCAUGCAGUAUUGAGAGAAGAUAAAAUUACGACAAAGGUUAGAGUUGUGUUUGAUGCUUCGAGUAAAGGAAGCAACAAUAUUUCACUUAAUGAUGAGUUAUUAAUUGGUCCACCGCUACAAGAAGAAUUACGUAGUAUUUUGAUGAGAUGGAGAAUGCAUAAGAUUUGUUUUACAGCUGACAUAAUCAAAAUGUACCGACAAAUAAGACUGAGAAAGGAAGAUACAGAUUAUCACAGAAUAUUAUGGCGUUUUAGUGAUGAAGAAGAAAUACAAGAUUUUAGAUUGCUAACAGUCACAUUUGGCACAGCAUGUGCGCCAUACCUUGCAAUAAAAACACUUAAACAAGUAGCGAUAGACGAAGAUAAGGAUGAGUCAAGAGGCACAGAGAGCCAUUCUUAA